CUGGCACCUCUGAGCUCACCACACACUGACACACUGCUUCUGCAGUCCCACCAAUUCCCCUGGCCAUUGCUCCCACGCCCACAGGCAGCUUCCAUUCAAUAUCUGGCUGCUGCAAUCCACUCCCCUAUCUCCCAAUGAAGACUGAUUUGGUGGGCAUGUCAGGCCCAAAAGAAGAAGCCAGCAAGGAGAAGGAGAUGUGUGGCAUACAGUCACAGAACAGCCAAGGCAGCCUGGACUCCAACAGGGAGGAUGAUGGAGAGUCUCUCAUCCUGACCCUCAUGCUCUACAACGUGAGGAAGACCGAGCUCUCCAAGGCAGCCAAAGUCUUUGAGAUGUUUGAAACUCAAAUCUAUCACUUUGAAACCCGUCAAGCCAAAAAGCCCAAGAACUCUGUGGAUGAUCUUGACAUUUUUGUUGAAUGUGAAGUUCACAGUGCUGAUGUUGGUAUCCUUGUCACCUCCUUAAAGAGAGUAGCAAAGGAUGUGAAAACCAGCCGAGAAGACAAAGUGCCCUGGUUCCCCAGAAAAAUCCAAGAUCUGGACAAGUGUCACCAUCUGAUCACUAAAUAUGACCCCAGCUUGGACCAUGGUCACCCUGGAUACUCUGACCUGGAGUACAGCAAGCGGAGAGCAUUCUUUGCUGACCUGGCCUUUAAUUACAGAGAAGGAGACCCUUUACCUCACAUUGAGUACACAGCACAGGAAACAGCAACUUGGAGAGAAGUCUACAGGAAGCUGAGGAGCCUUUACCCCACCCAUGCCUGCACCCAGUACCUGGAUGCUUUCCAGCAGCUGGAGAAGCACUGUGGCUACAGAGAGGACAACAUCCCUCAGCUUCAGGACGUCUCCAGAUUUUUAAAAGAGAGAACAGGUUUCCAGCUGAGGCCAGCUGCAGGACAGCUGUCUGCCCGUGACUUCCUCGCCAGCCUGGCGUUCCGUGUCUUCCAGUGCACACAGUACAUGAGGCAUUUCUCCUCUCCCAUGCAUUCCCCAGAACCAGACUGCUGCCACGAGUUGUUGGGUCAUGUUCCCAUGCUGGCUGACAAGGAGUUUGCCCAGUUCUCACAGGAUAUUGGACUGGCUUCUCUUGGAUCAUCUGAAGAGGAGAUUGAGAAACUGGCCACACUUUACUGGUUCACUGUGGAAUUUGGCCUCUGCAAGGAAAAUGGAUUGAUCAAAGCUUAUGGUGCAGGACUGCUUUCAUCUUAUGGGGAGCUGAUGUAUGCUUUGUCAAACGAGCCAGAGUACAAGACUUUUGAUCCAGAAGUGACUGCAGUUCACCCCUAUCAGGAUCAAGCCUUCCAGCCUGUCUAUUUCAUUGCAGAAAACCUGGAAGAUGCCAAGGUCAAGCUUCAGAGCUACGCCAUGAAGAUCAAGAAGCCUUUUGCUCUGCGCUACUACCCCUUCACCAGAAGCAUAGAGGUCUUGAACACACCACAGAAAGUCAAGAGGGCACUCCACCAGAUAAAAGAGGAGCUGGAAAACUUCUGCUUGGCCCUUGAAAACAUCUUUUAAAACCACAGCAGUACAUCUCACCUGUCACUGAGAUGCUCUUAGGUGGUACUAGCACUUUGAGGCUUAGCGAUGAAGUUGUGCUCUUAAAUGCACAACCCAGCUCAGUUCAGGUAAUCUUUUGACUGUAAUUUAGGCUGCUGACUUAGACAAAAUAAUGAGCUCCUGUUUAGAAUGUUUCAAUCACAAACAAGCCUUACUCCAAUUUUUGGUAGGUGAUAUGAGCAUACUUAUAUGUUAUGGGACUCUCACAGCUUUUUGCCUUCCCUUGCCACCUUUUCAAGUUAUGUGUCACAAAACAGCACAGUAACUUUUCAUCCACACAGCAUUGUACUUGCUGCCUUAAUGGUAUCAUCACAACCUCUUAGGCUGGCUAGCUGCCCACAGUCAGCAGUCCUUGCAGCUAACUCCUUGCUGCUAGCAAUUAGCAUCACCUAUUGCCCACAAACUAUGAAUGGUCCCCUAAAAAUAUGCAAAUACAAGAGUUUGUUAGAGGAGCACUUCUGCUCACUGUUAAGUACUCACUCAGUAGCCUUGGAAUACAACAAGAUAAUUUCUUGUCACAUUUAAGAUCACAGAAUAUUUGUACCUUCAUUGAAAGAAAAGGAAGAAAAUAGAAGGUCCCAGCUACUCUGGCUCUGUCACAUACAAGGAUGCUUAAUUUGAAUGGGAAAUCUAACUUCUAGAAAGGAAAUUCUUGUGUAAGGAAAGAUUUGUAAAAAGCCCUUUAGCAAAUAGGCUUCCAUUGCUUUUUUGAUGGAAUUCAGAUUCCUCUGGAUACCAUUAGAAAUCUUUGCCUGUUGUUGAUGCCUAGAUGAUUGUAGUAAUGAUCAAAAGGUCAAAUCUAUGGAGCACCUGGUAGAAAACUUAAGAUCAACCACUAGCUGCCAUAUAGCCUCGCUAUAGAAAAAAUAUCUGGUAUGUUCUACAACUCAUCUUGUCUCCAUCUCCAGCUCCUGAGACAUGCCUGAAAUUUAUUUAUGUUCCACAGGUCACAUUUCCCAGAAUCAGUCUAAUUAUUGCCUAAUCCAGACUUUCAUGCUGUUUGUGUCCCCUUCCUUCCUCUACAAUGCACAAAUAGAGGAAAAGAAGAUGAUGCUCCAGACCAGAAGGGUUCCCUCUCCUCUCAGUAGCAGUGCAAGCCGGUGGGGAAGAUGCAGGUUACAGGCAUGGCAUGAAAAGGGAAAAUGUGGAUCUCAUGGCUCAAGUUGGUGAUAGUUAUCUACAAAUGUAAAGGUAGAUUUAUCCUGUGCCACUUAGAAGCUCUACUUAUUUAUUCAAAAUUGUAUUUAGCACGUGGCUGCCUCGUCCACUGCUACCCACCUGCUGCCCAGUACCCAGUGUACUGAGCUCUGGGGAAAAUGUGAGGUGGUUUGGCUCUUGAUGGAAAAGGAGUUAUCAGAAAAUGAGUUACCAUCUCUGCCUGAGCUGCUCACUGUGGGAUAGGAAUACGUACACAGACACCACAGAGCAAUCCACAGGCUGUUAUUUCAUACAGACCUUAUCUCACUCUGUCAUUUUUCCACUUGUCAGGCUCUAUAGAAACUGUCUUAUUGAAAGUUAAUAGAAUGCUGGUUUUUAAAGCUCCAUGUCUACAGCACUUCCAAAAAUUUUCCCAUGAGCAGCAAUAUUCAGGAUCUGUGGAUCUGCUGCAACUGCUCCAUUUUAUUAAAAUGUGGUGAUGCCUGAAAAAUUUUGAAGUAUCUUGGCAAAAAUGGCUAUGAGACCCCCUUUAUCUUAACAGCAAGAACAUCCCAAUCUCCUUUUUUAUUUUAAUUUGUUUAAAAAUUCUACUCUAGGAGAACACUUGCAUAUCAUAAACCCUGUUUUGCUAGAAAUUCAGCCAGGGACAGAGCAGAAGUGAGUUCCUUUGCUUCCAGUAUAUUUCUCCUGUGAUGGAAGAUGAUCUCUCAGCAUGCUUUUAUGGGUUUAAUUCUACUUAUCCUGCUCAUAAACACACACACACAAAUACCAUUCCUCCUCAGAGCAAUUUGUUUCCUUACAUAUUGUAAUAAUUUAUCUGUCUGCUUCCUGCCAAUUGGUGCAUAGGCAAAAAUAUUUGAUAGCUCACAACAGAUUGUUUUCAGAAGUAUUAAUUUCAUCAAUCAGUCCUUUAACAGUGAAAAUUAAAUCAUGUGCUCCAGUUCUCUGUGUUUUCCUUCUCUUUCUUUUUAAGUGGAAGAUAAUGCCAGAGCGGAAGAGCUAUCAAAAUAUUUUCUAUAGACGGACUCUCUGGGCCAUAGGGUCUUUUUCAUGUAUUCCCUCUGAAAGGUCUGAAUGUGGAAUUUAGACUUGAGUUUGGCUAUUACUCAGAACAGACCUAUAUUUGGAAGAAAUGAGAGACCUGAUGGAUUUGUUUUGCCCAAGGCCUCACACUUUCUUUGGAGGGACUCCAGGCCCGCCCACACAUCCUUGUCUUUUCCAGGUCCUGUAGCAAGGAGAGAAAAAGAAACCAUUUUGGAGCCAGAUUCUCCCACCCUUACACAUGCUGAGUAGCACCCAGCCUCUCCAGCAAUCCCAGCGACAGCACUGAGCCUGUUUAAGGUGCUGCACACAGGAAAUUUUAUCAGCAAGAUUAUCAAAACCACUGUGGGUGUAGUUGCUUUUUCCUCGCCUUAGUGAUGGUCAGCUGGCACACAGGACUAGGGCAGGCUGCAGUGAAACUUGGUGAAGCUGCAGAACUAAUGGAUUUGGCUACCUGAACUUUUAAGAUGAGUAAAUAUUUUUCCAAAGGAUGUGAAUCUUUCCCUCCUUGCUCAGGCAGAACCUACCCCAGGCUAGCCAUGCUUGACACUCCCCUCCGAGAAGGUCCAAAUUCUUUUCUUUUGAUUCAGUGUAGUGACAAAACAAAAGCCUUCAGGGUUACAUCCUUAGGAGUUUCACUGGUCAUUUUCUGCUCUUCCAAUAGUCAUUCUUUCAUUUCCUCACAGAAGCCAACAAGUACCUCAUCCUCCUGUCAGUCUAAGGCAGCAGUGAUGGGAAAGGCAGCGAUGGGGCCUCCCGAUGAAAAUAAUGGCACAGAGGAAAAAGCACCAACCAGUAAAAAUAUGUCUUUUUGUCAGUUUGCAUUUCAGCAGUUUCACAUUAAUCUUGCACAAAAAAGGUUCCAUAGCCAAGUAAAACACAUCUUGUGACUUGAAACUGAACUGAUGAACUCCCCAUGGGCCCUUUGCUUAUCCCGAUAAACUUAUUUUUCCUAGAUGGAGUGCAUUUAGAACCAAAUAGUGUAUGUUAUUAAAUCUGUAUUGUGCUCUUCAGUUAUACAUGGGAGAGUUAGUAAAUUCAGUUUGUGGGUUUGGGUUUGUUUUGUUUUUUGGCUAACCAAGUCUGUCCUCUACCAAUUUUGGUCCACCUUCAAGCCUCCAGCUGCUUCACUGCUUCCCUGCAGAUUUGCUAGUGAUGCCAAGGGUACCACUGUGUUAGGAGAAUACACAGUUAUGCAAUUUGGGGAAUUUGGCAGGACAGCAAGGGGAAAUUUAGGCUGGCCUCCCACCCACUCCCAUGAGACAUAGUACUGUAUUACAAGGCAGAGCUGUCAUCCUCAGAAAGACCUUCUCAAUCACUUCCCUCUGGUUCCCUUAGCAUUUUGAUCUUUGUACUACCUGGUGAAUAUAAACCCUUCUUAACCACUUCAAGAAAGGCUAGGGU